AUGCCCCAUAAUCCGUUUGUUCUCGUCACCCCAGGUGCCACUCGCGGUCUUGGUGUUGCACUCACACGCCAGUAUCUGCGCACCACAAACCUGCCUGUUUAUGCCAGUCACCGAACGGGGGCGACAGAUAAUGAGAUUAAGAAACUGAUACUCGAGCCUAUAGAAAAGGUUGAUCCUGAACGCCUGAACCUUCUUCAUCUCGACCUCACGUCAGAGGAUAGCAUUGCGUCUGCGGCCCACAGCCUCAACGAGUCGCUCGAAGCAAAGGGGUUGACAGACGCAUAUAUCCACACCGCAUUCAUCACAGGGGGCAUGCUCGUACCUGAGAAGAAGCCCUCUGAUCUAGACUGGGACGCUAUCAAGGAGACUUUCCAGAUCAACACGAUAUCGCACAUGCUCAUCAUAAAGCACUUUUCGCGCUUCCUCCCCAGCCCCUCCAUCAAGAAUUUGGAAACCCCGGCCAAGUGGGCCCAUGUUUCAGCGCGGGUUGGGUCUAUCCAGGAUAAUAUGCGUGGCGGGUGGUAUUCGUACCGCUCCUCCAAGGCGGCGCUCAACCAGGUCAUGAAAACCUUUGAUCUGUACCUUGAGCAGAGCAGUGCCAAGGCUAUGUGUGUUGGCGUGCACCCUGGGACUGUCAAGACCGACUUGAGCAAGGGAUUUUGGGACUCUGCUGUCAGACAAGAGUCUUUUGAGGCUAUAGAUGCAGCCACAAAUCUGAUCAACGUCGUUGAAAAUCUAUCGCUGCAGCAACGCGGCAAGGUUUGGGAUUGGGCUGGCAAAGAGGUUCCUUGGUAA